CUCUGGCUUCACAAAAAAAAAACAAAAAAAAAAACGCAAGCCCAGCUCUCCAAAACCCUUCGCAGACCCCAACACACGAAACAUAGGGACUCAGAGAGAGAGGGAGAGAGGGAGAGACUGAGAGGGGAGAAUGGAAAGGAAGAAAGAAGAAGAAGAGGAAGAAACAGGGAAAGCAGAAAUCGAGGCAUCGGAGAUAGAGUACGCGAGCUAUGGGGGUGAACACCACCUACCCCUUAUCAUGUCCCUUGUCGACCAAGAACUCAGUGAGCCAUACUCCAUAUUUACCUACCGUUACUUCGUCUAUCUCUGGCCCCAACUCUCUUUCCUGGCUUUUCACAAAGGGAAGUGUGUGGGGACGGUAGUGUGUAAGAUGGGUCAGCAUCGGAAUACGUUCAGAGGAUACAUUGCUAUGCUGGUUGUCAUCAAGCCCUAUAGAGGCAGAGGCAUUGCUACGGAACUUGUUAGCAGAUCUAUCAAAGUGAUGAUGGAAUCGGGCUGUGAGGAGGUAACAUUGGAAGCAGAAGUCACAAAUAAAGGAGCACUAGCCCUGUAUGGCCGAUUAGGGUUUAUUCGGGCGAAACGGCUCUUCCACUACUACUUGAAUGGAGUUGAUGCUUUCCGUCUGAAAUUGUUAUUCCCUUCUCCGGAGUUAUACCCCUCUCUGCCUAUAAUGGCAAACACAGAAGACGGCCACUACCAUGAUGAUCAUAUACAACCUGGAGAACGUUCUGAGCUACACCAAAUCUUGUAAUUUAGAUUUUCCAGCUCAGUGUAUGUUUUAACCAUCAUUAAGUUUUGCAUUCCAUUUAUAGAGUUAUUAAGGCCUCGUUUGGUUUGGAAA